UUCAAAUAUUUUUGUGAAGAAGGAAAGUUGACAGGAAACAGCGAGCUCUCCCAGACGAGGGCCCUGGGUGGCCUGGAAGGCAGGGAGCUGCCUCCCAGAAGGGCACCGGGGGCUGCGGCCCGGCCUUGUCCGCCCUGAACCCGAGCCCACGACCGCUGCGCGCCCAUCCCCCAACCACUGUCCGCCCCGGUGCAGCUGCGCGCCCAUCCCCCAAUCAGUCACUGUCGGGGCGCAGGGAGCUGGCAUCCUGGGGGCUGCUCUCCCCGCCUCCUCCCCAGCACCUGGAGAAACUCCUCUACAGCACAGCCUCGCCCGGGCCCACUUGGGCCCUGCGCCCACCCACUCCUCCUCGGGACUGCAGACCCGGAGCCCAGGGCCAGCCUGCGGCCAGGGGGCACCCCCCUCACCCCGCCUCACCUGCGGCCCGGGGUGGGGGGUGGGAUUCGUCCUUCCUUCCCGCCCGGAGCGGCUUGGAGACCCCAUCAGUUUCCCAGCGAACCCGAGGGUAUAUGCUGCCCCGUUCCCCCGACCCUCAACCCCCUCCUCACUCCCCCCGGGGCGGGGCCCUUCCUCGCUGCUCUCCCGGCACCCCUCCACGGCGCCCCUCCCCCACCCGGAGCCCCGCCCCCGCCCUCAGGCUCCGCCCCCGACUCCCGCCGGGUCCGCGAAGCCAGCUCUCCGCCCCGCGCGCGCUCAGCCUCGGCCCGCGGAUCCUCGGGGCUCCCGCUGCCUGCCGCCUGCGCCCCGCGACCCCUCGGCCGCAUGGCCCCGCCGGGCGCGCUGCUCCUGGCCGCCGGCCUGGGUGCGCUGCUCAACUUCGCGCUGCUGGCCGCGGCGCUGGCCAGCGACCACUGGUACGUCCUGGAGGUGGCGGACGGCGGCGAGCGGCUCUCGUCGCACUCGGGGCUGUGGCGCGUCUGCGAAGGACAGAGCGGCUGCACCCCCCUGAUGGACCCCUUCGCCAGCGAGGGCCUGGGCGUCCCCUCCUCCGUGCAGCAGCUCCUGGCGCUGCACCGGGCUGUCAUGGUGAUGCUGCCACUGAGCCUGAUCCUCGCCGUGUGCGGCUGGGUGUGCGGCCUGCUCAGCUCCCUGGCCCGGAGCAUCCCCCUGCUGCUCCUCACCGGCUGCUACUUCUUGCUGGGAAGUGCCCUGACCCUGGCAGGGCUCAGCACCUACGUCCACUACUCACACCUGGCGCUGGUGGAGACGGCGCGCCAGUACGGCCCGCAGCACGUGCAGGCCGUGCACAUCAGCUUCGGCUGGUCCCUGGGCCUGGCCUGGGGCUCCUGCGCCUCGGAGAUGCUGAGUGGCGCCCUCCUGCUGGCGGCCGCCCGGGCCGUCCGCCUGAGCCGGCUGCUGGCUGCGCCCCACGCCGUGGUCAUCUGAGUCCCAGGCAGAGGGUGCUGGGGGGGCGGGGCUCGGUGUUUCCCAGGAGGCCCCAUCGUCCAUGAGUCCUGGUGGGAAGGCCCCAGGGGUGAGGAGGGGCUGGGGACAGGGCCAAGAGUCCAGGCCCUUGCUCACCUCCCACCCCAGGGUUCAACCUCCUCACAGUGGCCAGAAAAAUUCGGAAGAGGAAGGCGGUGGCCGAGGCUGCGGCGAUGCCUCCUUCCCGCCGGCUGGGCAGGCGCCCUCAGCUUUCGGGGGUGUGGUCAGUAUGCUCCCCUCCCCAUGGGUUGGGGGCCCAGAGCAGCGGAGUGGGCCACCUGGUGCCCCGAGGGCUGAGGACAGGGCUGAACCUGCAGGCCGGAGGGCAGCCCAGGGCCAGAUGUCCCCUGUUGUCUCACAGGCGACAGGUGGACAAGGACAGGUCCUUGUCCUGCUGCAGAUGCUGCCCUGCUGGCCCCUGGCCCUUGCUCUGCAGUGGCCGCCUGAACCAGCGCCGCGGGGUCGGGUGGGGCCGCCAGUCGCCUGCCUCCCCUGGGGUUGGCUGGAGCUUGGUGACCAGGCUGGGGAGGGGGGGUGCCGCUGGCAGGCCGGUGCUGGUCCCAGUGGUCGCGGGUGAGGCUUGGGGAACAGGGCCGGCCGGCACCCCACCUCCCGGUCAUCUUGGGCCACGAGGACUGGGGCACCCCCCCUUCCGUGUAGGUGGACAGGCGGGCUGGCUGCAGAAGCCCGAACGGCCCCUCUUGGGUGCGACCCCAAGUCUCCGGGUGUGUGCUGCGUGAAGGUGAGGCCUCUCGGCCUGGUACUUCUGGGGUACAGACGGAAGCUCUGGGGGCAGCCGGGGCUGGCACCAUGGAGGCGCGGCCCCUGAGGACACAGAGCCGGGGCCUCCCUUCCUGCUUGUGUCUCAACACCCGCUGUUCCCUGGGGCAGUGUGCCCGUUUGUCCUUGGAAUAAAGCAGCUGUCUGUGUGCAGCGUGA